AUGCAGAGAGUGAUCCGGGUUCUGGUGGCCUGGUGCUGGGUGGCGGUGUGCGUCCGCGCGGCCAUGGACGAAUGUUCGGACGAGCGCGGCGCGGCGCAGCGCUGCAUGCCGGAGUUCGUGAACGCCGCGUUCAACGUGACGGUGGUGGCGACCAACACCUGCGGCUCCCCGCCGGAGGAGUACUGCGUGCAGACCGGCGCCACCGGGGUCACCAAGUCCUGCCACAUCUGCGACGCCCAGGACCCUCGGAACCACCACAGCGCCGUGUACCUGACCGACUACAACAACCAGCAGGACACCACCUGGUGGCAGAGCCAGACCAUGUUGGCGGGCAUCCAGUACCCGAACUCCAUCAACCUCACCCUGCACCUCGGUAAGGCCUUCGACAUCACCUACGUGAGGCUCAAGUUCCACACCAGCCGUCCUGAGAGCUUCGCCAUCUACAAGCGGACCAGGGAGGGCGGCCCCUGGGUGCCGUACCAGUACUACAGCGGCUCCUGCGAGAAGACGUAUCAGAAGGCGAGCCACGGCUUCAUCCGCACCGGAGAGGACGAGCAGCAGGCGCUCUGCACCGAUGACUUCAGCGACAUCUCGCCGCUCACCGGAGGAAACGUGGCCUUCUCCACGCUGGAGGGCCGACCCAGCGCCUACAACUUCGACAACAGCCCCGUCCUCCAGGACUGGGUGACGGCCACCGACAUCAGAGUGACGCUGAACAGGCUCAACACGUUUGGAGACGAGGUUUUUAACGACCCCAAGGUCCUCAAGUCCUACUACUACGCCAUCUCUGACUUCGCUGUGGGAGGAAGGUGUAAGUGUAACGGCCACGCCAGUGAGUGUGUGAAGGACAGCCGACAACAGCUGGUGUGUAACUGCAAACACAACACGGAGGGCGACGACUGCAACGUCUGCAAAGCGUUCUACAACGACCGGCCGUGGAGGAGAGCGACCGCCGACAACCCCAACGAGUGUCUGCCCUGCAACUGUAAUGGGAAGAGUUCUGAGUGUUACUUUGACGCCGAGCUGUACCGGGCCACGGGUCACGGAGGUCACUGCAGAAACUGCGCCGACAACACCGACGGGCCAAACUGUGAGCGCUGCCUCGACAACUACCACCGAGACCAGAGCGGCAGCCGCUGCCUGCCCUGCGGCUGCAACAGCGUCGGCUCAGAGUCUCCUCAGUGUGACAACAGAGGAGUGUGUGCAUGUAAACCAGGUGUGACCGGAGAGAAGUGCGACCGCUGCCAGCCGGGGUUCCACAGUCUGACGGAGGCCGGCUGCAGGCCGUGUUCUUGCUCGCCCUCUGGCAGCACUCAGGAGUGUGACGUCAACACUGGACAGUGUCGCUGCAAAGACAACGUGGAGGGCUUCAGCUGCGACAGGUGUAAGCUGGGUUACUUCAACCUGGACCCCAACAACCCUCAGGGCUGCACGCCCUGCUUCUGCUUCCAGCACUCGUCUGUGUGCGACAGCGCCGAAGGCUUCAGCGUCCACACCGUCAGCUCCUCCUUCAGCAGAGAUGACGAGCAGUGGACGGGUCAGCAGCGUGAUGGCUCCAGUGUCCCAGUCCAGUGGUCUCCCAGUGGACAGGAGAUCUCCCUCAUCUCAGAGGACUACUUCCCCAUGUACUUCAUAGCCCCAGAGAAGUUUUUGGGGAACCAGAUGUUGAGUUACGGACAGAACCUGAGUCUGAGCUUCCGGGUCGACCGGCGGGACACUCGUCUGUCGGCGGAGGAUCUGGUCCUGGAGGGAUCUGACCUGAGGGUGGCCGUCCCCCUCAUCGCCCAGGGCAACGCCUACCCCAACGAGAACAUGCAGACAUACGUGUUCAGGCUCCAUGACAGCACUGACUACCCCUGGAGGCCGACCAUCAGCCACGCCGACUUCCAGAAACUUCUCCACAACCUGACGUCCGUGAAGAUCAGAGGCACCUACAGCGAGAGGAGUGCUGGAUAUCUGGACGAUGUCUCCUUGGUGACGGCGAGGCGGGGUCCAGGUGUUCCAGCCCGCUGGGUGGAGCAGUGCACCUGUCCUCAGGGUUACCAGGGGCAGCACUGUGAGCAGUGCACUCUGGGAUAUCGUCGCGCCCGUCCAGAGCUCGGCGCCUUCAGCCCCUGUGAGCUGUGCAACUGUAACGGACACAGCGACGCCUGCGACCCUCAGACAGGUGCGUGUGCCUGUCAGGACAACACGGCCGGUUUGAGCUGUGAACGCUGUAAAGACGGUUUCUAUGGCGACGCCACGCGGGGGACGUCAGGUGACUGCGAGCCCUGUCCCUGUCCGGCCGGAGCCACCUGUGCUGUCGUGCAGAAGACCAGAGAGGUGGUCUGCACCAACUGUCCUGCAGGAACCACAGGUAAGCGCUGUGAGCUCUGUGACGACGGUUUCUUUGGCGACCCUCUGGGUCAGAGCGGGCCCGUCCGAGCCUGCCGCGCCUGCAAGUGCAGCGACAACAUCGACCCCAACGCCGUCGGCAACUGCAACCGUGAGACGGGAGAGUGUCUGAAGUGCAUCUACAACACCGACGGCUUCUUCUGCGACCGCUGCAAGGAUGGUUUCUACGGCAACGCCCUCAGCACCAACCCCGCCGACAAGUGCAAACCGUGCUCCUGUUCUCCGUCCGGUACCGUGGGUCGUCAGACGAGCUGCUCUCAGGUCACCGGUCAGUGUCAGUGUCUCCCCAACGUGGCCGAGCGCGACUGCAGCUCCUGCGAGCCGGGCUUCUUCAACCUGCAGAGCGGCAACGGCUGCGAACGGUGUAACUGUAAUCCGAUUGGCUCCACCAACGGUCAGUGUGACAUCAUCACAGGACAGUGUGAGUGUCAGCCCGGCGUCACCGGCCUCCACUGCGAACGCUGCGAGGUCAACUUCUUCGGCUUCAGCUCGUCUGGAUGCAAACCCUGCGACUGCGAACCUGAAGGCUCUCAGUCGGGUCAGUGUAAAGAGGACGGGCGCUGCGAGUGUCGGCCCGGCUUUGUCGGAGCUCGAUGUGACAUGUGUGAGGAAAACUACUUCUACAACCGCUCGGCGCCGGGCUGCCAGCAGUGUCCGUCCUGCUACGGUCUGGUCAGAGACAAGGUGAACCAGCAGAGGCAGAAGCUUCACGACCUGCAGACUCUGAUCGAUAACCUCGGCUCGGGUCAGGACACCGUCAGCGACAAGGCCUUUGAGGACCGGCUGAAGGAGGCGGAGCGAGCCAUCCUGGAGCUGCUGGAGGAGGCUCAGACCAGCAAAGACGUGGACCGCGGGCUGCUGGAUCGUCUCAACGGCAUCAACAACACUCUGACCACUCAGUGGAACCGACUGCAGAACAUCCGCAACACGGUGGACGAUACCGGCACUCAGGCCGACCGCGCCCGCAACCGAGUGCGAGACGCCGAGAGCCUGAUCGACCGCGCCCGGCAGGAGCUGGACAAGGCCAAGGACGCCAUCAGCAAAGUGGAUAUCAAACCGCCCAGCGGCACCGGAGAUCCAAACAACAUGACGCUGCUCGCCGAGGAGGCCCGAACGCUGGCUGAGAAGCACAAGAUAGACGCCGACCAGAUCGAGAAGAUUGCCAAAGAUGCCAACGACACGUCGACCAAAGCGUACAACCUGCUGAUGAAGACUCUGGAUGGAGAGGGCAAGACGAGCCAGGAGAUCGACGAGCUCAACAAGAAGUACAACGAGGCCAAGGAGCUGGCCAAGAACCUGGAGAAACAGGCCAACAAGGUCCGGGCCGAGGCGGACGAAGCCGGAGACAAAGCUCUGAAGAUCUUUGCCAACCUGACCAGCGUCCCUGUGUUAGACACCAAAGCUCUGGAGGACGAAGCCAGUAAGAUCAAGAAGGAGGCGUCGGACCUCGACAAGCUGAUCGAUAAGACGGAGAAGGAGUACAACGACCUGAGAGACGACCUGAAGGGCAAAGAGCAGGAAGUCCGCAAGCUGCUGGAGAAAGGAAAGAGUGAGCAGCAGACGGCAGAUCAGCUGUUAGCUCGAGCCGACGCUGCCAAAGCUCUGGCUGAGGAGGCAGCGAAGAAGGGCCAGUCCACCUUCAGAGAGGCCGAGACCAUCCUGAACGACCUGAGAGACUUUGACAAGCGGGUCAAUGACAACAAGACGGCUGCCGAGGACGCCAUGAAGAAGAUCCCCGCCAUCAACGCCACGAUCAUGGCCGCCAACGAGAAGACUAGACAGGCGGAGGCGUCGCUGGGAAAUGCUGCUGCUGAUGCCAAAGAGGCCAAGGAAAAGGCUGAGGAGGCCGAGAGGAUCGCCAGCACCGUGCAGAAGGGCUCAGCCAAGACCAAGGAGGACGCGGAGAAGGCCUUCCAGGACACCAACAAGCUGGACGACGAGGUCAGCGACAUGAUGGACCAGCUGAGCGCCGCAGAGCAGGAGCUGGCCCGGAAGAAGGCCGAGGCCGACCAGGACAUGAUGAUGGCGGGGAUGGCGUCAGACAACGCCAAGGAGGCAGAGGACAACGCCCGCAAGGCCAAGAGCGCCGUGAAGACGGUUCUGAGCACCAUCACCGCCCUGCUGGAUCAGCUGGGAAACAUCGACAAGGUGGACCUGAGCAAACUGAACCAGAUCGACGAGUCCUUGAAGAGCGCCAAGGGCAAGAUGGCCAACAGCGAGCUGGACAGGAAGCUGGUGGAGCUGAACGACGUGGCGCGGACCCAGGAGGACAUGAUCAAUGACUACGACCGGCAGAUCCGCGAGAUCCGCGCAGACAUCGCCAACCUGAACGACAUCAAGAACACGUUACCUGAGGGCUGCUUCAACACGCCGUCACUGGAGAGGCCUUAACCCCGCCCACCUCCUCCUCCUCCUCCUCCUCCUCCUCCUCAACACUCCCCUUCACGUCUAACAAUCUGGCAAACACGCCAACUUUUACCAAAACAGUUUUUUAAACUUUUACGUUUUCAGAUUCUUGUCUUUGUUUUUCUUUUUCAAGAGAGAAGCCAAUAUUUCAGCCUCGUUCACGGUUUUUAACAAGAGAAGCAGCUUUUAUUUUGUGUUCUUCGAGACGCAGUAUCAUGGUUUCGGUAGAAUGAACUAAGCGGCGUAGAGAAGCCGUGCAGAGAGGUGGACGAACCUCAGAGAGAAACCAGAACCACAAACCCGACGUGACUGCACCCGUCUGCUCGCAAGAGGAAGUGUCACCGACACAGAAACCACACAGGAAGUUCCUCUUCCAGGAAGUUUCAGCUUCCUGUGUCUGACCAGCCAUUACCCAUCAUGCCUCGGGACACCCCAGCUACUUUUCCAGUUUUCAGCUGUGAGAACGCCGCCAUCCUCCGUGUUCUCUUCUUCAUCUGUAAACCAAUCGUGUCUUCAGAAACCACACAGUGAAGGAAUCCUCUGGUUUUUCUGACCCAAAGCUACGAGCCCGACUCAAACAAACCGCAGAGGAAAAGUGUUUUAUCUUCUUCAGCAGUAUUCACACCUGCAGCAGGUCGUGUUGUUGAGCAGAGCCACGCCCACUCCGCUGCUCGCUGAAGUCUAGUUCCUGUGAGAUGUGAUUUCAUCUGGUCUCACCUCCACCUGUAGGACUUCAGGAGCUACGGAAGCCCGAGAGGAAGAGAAGAAAAGCUUUUAAUCAUUUUCUCUCUCGUGUUUGUGACCAAACAGGGAAAAAGUUGAGCCAGGGUCAUUUUUAAAUCUAGUUUCAUCUCUGAGACGAGCGUUUGUUUGUUCUUGAACUGCCAGGAUUGAUUAUUAAAUAUGAAACUGCUUUUUUCCCCAAACUAGUUAAUUAUCAUUGAUUUGUGGAAUUGUGCAAUUUUUGAUUUGAUUCUGUCGUCACACCAGAGGACACAAAGUGUUUGUAGAUGAUUUUGUUGCAUCAUUAUUUGUUCUGUCGGUGAAAACAAACCAAAAACACACUUUGUGUUCAGCGCGGCUCAUUCUUCCGUUAAUAGAACUGGUUUGAGCAGCAGGUGAAAUAAACCUCCUGUUGUUUUGUUUUCAGAAUAUGAUGCAACUGCCUCACAAAUAAGAACAAAAAUGAACCUGUCAAAAGUAAAAAGAGAAGAAAAAGAAGUAAAUUGAAAGUUAAUUGUUGACGGUGAAACAAGUGUUGGAAGUGAUCCUGGGAAAACUUCCACGUGUGUCACAGAUUGUUGGUCCUGCAGAAUCUUGUGUUCGCCCGUUACGUCACAAACUGAGGAGAGAAAAUCAUUUGGCUCAGACUCGGGUGAUGAUCAGUUUUGUGUGAUUCUCCUCUCGGGCGUCUGUGUGCGUCUUCAGAUCGGCUCUGACCCGUUUCACCUCGGUCCAACACCGUUUGGCGUCCUAAUGUUUUCACACUACAGACGUCGUGUCGUCGUCUCCAGAAGUCGCUGCUUGUCGCUGGUGUUUUAUCACAUUAACAUUUUCUUCCAGGCUCAAUCAACACUAUGCAACUUUGUACAUUUUGCGUAGCGAGAAUUUUAUCUGAUACACUGGUGCUAAUAAUUAUUUCAAAUGUUAUAUUUUUGUGUGAAUGUUUUUUAUUAUGACAUAGAGUGAGGAAUUUGUUAUUUGUGUAAAUAUAUGCUAAAAUGAUUCAGGACUGGCUGAUUUUCAGAUUAAAACUCCAACAUGCAAACAGCCACGUUAAGUUCUAUCACAAUCAAUCAACUGAAACCUCCAGGUUAAAUAUAUAUAAAUAUCUAUGAUAACGUCUGUGGUAUGUUAUUAUUAUAAUAUGCUUGCUUGUAUACAAGGCUCAGUGUUGCUGCCUCAUAGCGAUGCCAACAUUUCAUGUGUUUUAUUGAUUCUGUGGGUUUUCACACAUUGAUUAACUGAAUAUUUGUGUCUAGUUUCUUUGAGCUUCGACCCUUUUUUUACCAGUCAGGUCCUGAUGAUGUAAAGAGGGCGUCUCCGGCCUCACCGGCCGUUUUACUGAAUUUAUUGGGAGAUGAUGAGCUCAGUCACAUGUUGCUACAGUAGUUACCUGUUUUAAUUAGUGUUUUGUGCCUUAAUAUAAAGUUCAGUUGUAAUCACAGCCCCAGCGAGGGCGUCCAUGUUUUAUUUCACAAAGAUUUUCCUCGUCGUCUUCGUUCCCUCACGCCGUCUCCUCGGGUCGGAACCAGAGCAGGGCUGCUUUUUGGUUUUAAAUCAGGUCCUGAACAGAAAAAUCUCCAAGUAACAGUCAAACACAACCAGAGUUCAGAAAAUCAGCCAAAAAUCAGAUUCUCUGACAGAUGGAACCUGAACCUGUUUGUCUGCCCGGCGACAGAACCCUCUGCAGGUGAACUGGACUCACUCACUUGUUUUUGUCACCCGCUGUUUUAUUUCUCUCCCUCCAUCCAGACAGCCGCUCUGCAGCCUGUGCAGCACAGACGUGAUGUAUAAACAGUAUUUUAAGUUAUAAUGUACCAGUUAUUGUAAUGUAACCUGUUGUCUUAGAUGGCGCUGUGUGUGCUGCACAGCCUGCAGGACGACUCUGCAGCUCGUCGUCUUCUGUGGUGGUGACGUCACGUCUGCAGCCCUGCGACCGCCUGAGGGACCCUGUUUGUUCACACGUGCCUGUAAAUCCAAACUUAACAUUUGAAUAAUAAAAAAUUACUACAGGAA